GCUGGGAGAAGCUGGACCAAUCGGAUGUCCAGUCCAUGGGCCAUAACUCAGGAUUUCCCAACUCCUUGAUGAACAUAUCUGGAGGGAACAGAAGUGACGCUGGGCCUUGCCAGGUUCUACCCCAAUACUUGUCUCUCUCUGUGCUCCUGUGUGUGGUCUUCCUGCUUGGCUCCCUCCUCAACGGAGCCAGCCUCUGGGUGUUCUGCUUCCGGACGCCAGAAUGGAGCACCGGGACGCUGCUGCAGUUCCAUCUGACGCUCAGUAACAUCUUGGCCACGCCCCUCGUCCCCAUGAUGGCCAACCUCGCCCUGGGCAGCCACUGGCCCUACGGCCGCUUCCUGUGUCAGGCGAUGAUCGCCCUGCUCAGCUCCCACUUCUACGGCGGCACCGUGUUCCUCAUGCUUAUCAGCGUGCACCGCUACACGCUGGUGGUCCACUUCAACAAGGACGCAUGCAUGAAGCGUAAGCCCUUUGUGAGGAGGCUGUGCGCGGGCAUGUGGUCGCUCCUCCUGAUCCAGGCGAUCGUCCUCGCCGUCGUGCUCCCCUCCAGCCUGGAGGAGAAGGAGGAGCAUUGUCUCAGCAUCCACCAUGUGAAGCUCAGCGUUUCCCUCCUGUACAUCACUCUGCUGCUCUUCACCCUCGGGUUCCUGCUGCCGUUCUCGGUGUCCCUCGGAUGCUACUGGUGCCUGGCGAACACGCUGGCCCGUCUUCAGAACCAGUCCGCCCGAGGCCGGGCCAAUCGGUACAAAUCCCAGAGGAAGAUAGCGGCGUGUCUGGUGACGUUCGCCGUGUGCUUCCUCCCGCUUCAUGUCACCAGGACCAUGGGGGUGGUCCUGAAGACGUUCUACCCCUCAGACUGUCCCGGUCUCCUGAGGGCUGAGACCGGAUACUACGUGUCCUGGGUGUUGACCGGGGUGAACUGCUGUCUCGACCCCAUCUUGUACGGCUUUGGCUCACACAACUUUGCGCACACCUUGUCGUUAAUGAGGUUUGGUCAGCGAGUGGUCCAGCAACAAAAUCCAAGCUUUUCUGCGAACUAGAAACUAGUUAGAGUCACUUAUGAUUUGAGAUUCACUUACUUUUAGAGUCCCUUACUUUACUUUACUGAGCUGCACUUACAUAUUCACUUCACUUUUAUAUACAAGCAUAUUUAAUCACAUUCUGCUGUUGGUUAGAUCCAUAUUUUAUCCAUGAUUAGAAAAUUUCUGUAUGCUGUAAUUUGUGUUUAUAUUGUUAGCUGUGUAUAAUAUUAUUUUAACCUUGAUGUUGCUGCCUUCAUUUGAGCAACUAUAACAAAUUAACUCUUCUGGGCACAAUAAAGUU